AGUCAUCUACUCCACAAAGCGGGCGUCAACCAUCUUCUCCACAAAGCGGCCGUCAACCAUCUCCUCCAAAAAGCGGUCGUCAACUUUCUCCUCCAGAAAGUGGACGUCAGUCAUCUCCUGCACAGAAUGACCGUAACCUGUCCCCUUCACAAGUUGGCCAACAACUGCCCUUUCCACAAAAUAGACAUCAAUCACGUCCUCAAAAAAGAGGCCAGCAACCACGUCCAUCACAACACGGCCGUCAACUACCUUCUCCCCAAAGUGUCCCUCAACCAAUUUCUCCACGAAAAGGUCCCAAACCAACUUCUCCUCAAAAAGGACGUCAACAACCUUCUCCACAAAAUGGGCGUCAACUACUUUCUCCACAAAAAUGGCCAUCAACUACCUUCUCAACAAAAUGAUCCACGGCAUUCUCCACAAAGCGGACGUCAGCAAUUUUCUCCUAAAAAUGGACGUCGACCAUUUUCUCCUAAAAAUGGACGACAACCACCUUCUCCACAAAAUGGCCGUCAACAACCACCUAUACAGCCGCCAUCAUCUAAUACUCACAGUGUUCCCCUUCCUUCAAAUAUUGCAAUUUCUCCAGCAACAUCAUUACAAGGAAAAUCUCUAGAACUCCCUAGGAAACAUGUCCGUGUAGACCCAGCAUCUGUAUCAGGUUCCAUCGCACCAGAAAGAACAAAAGAAAAGAAUUCACUUACAGGGUCAGAAGGAAACAGUGGUCCAUCUAAACUUUCAAGUCCAUUACCAUCAAAACUUAAAGCUACCAAUCUGAAGGGUGGAAGCAAUAAGAAAAAGUCGAGUUCAAGUCCUGCCAAGAAAGGAAUGGGUAUUAAAAAGUCUGUCACGGAUUCGCAAGGCCCAGAAGGGAUCGACAGGAAACAAAAAAGAAAUUAAAGGAGGCAUGAAUUACCAAGGGUCAGGAAUUGUUCCUCAAACGCCGUCAACCUCGGCCCAGAGGAUGCAAGGCAACAAAGGAAGUAUUGGAGGAAUGCACGUUCAACCCGGAGUGUCACAACCUCU